AUGCGCUGGUGUAGGUUGUGAUAAAUAAACACAUUUGACAACUUCUACCAUCAAGGGUUCAGGAUGUUGCGCACCGCAUCCAAAGGCGUCGUCCGGAAAGGCGUCACCGAGCUCGCCCAGUAUCCCAAGCCCGGAGAGAAGCUGCACGGCUUCACUCUCUUGCGCGCGAAGCAUGUCCCGGAACUCGAGCUGACGGCGCUCCAUCUGCAGCACGACAAGACCGGCGCUGAUUAUCUUCAUGUUGCGCGGGAAGACAAGAACAAUGUGUUCUCGAUUGGGUUCAAGACCAACCCUCCUGACGAUACAGGUGUGCCUCAUAUCCUGGAGCAUACAACACUAUGUGGCAGCGAAAAAUAUCCUAUUCGUGACCCGUUCUUCAAAAUGCUCCCUCGAACUCUUUCGAAUUUCAUGAAUGCCUUCACUGCUUCCGACCAUACCUUCUAUCCUUUCGCCACCACCAAUGAACAGGACUUCAAGAAUUUGAUGUCCGUUUAUCUCGACGCCACAUUACAUCCGUUAUUGAAACAGACAGAUUUUACACAAGAAGGAUGGAGGAUUGGCCCCGAGAACCCUCGGGUUGCGGAGGCUGAGGAUUCGGCGAAACCAGAGGACAGCAAACUCGUCUUCAAGGGGGUGGUUUACAAUGAAAUGAAGGGACAGAUGUCCGACGCUGGAUAUCUGUACUAUAUCAGAUUCCAGGAUCACAUCUUCCCUGCCAUCAACAAUUCUGGCGGAGAUCCUCAGAAGAUGACGGACUUGACAUAUGAGCAACUGAAGAAAUUCCAUGCUGAGCAUUACCAUCCUAGUAAUGCUAAAGUCUUCACAUAUGGUGAUAUGCCUCUUGCGGAUCACCUGAAAGAGGUAAAUGCUCAACUCAGCGCCUUCGAGCGAAUCCAGGGGGAUAUGGAAAUACGGAGACCGAUUGAUCUCUCCGGCGGGCCCCAACAUAUCACAGUCUCUGGACCAGUCGACCCGCUGGUGGACAAGGACAUGCAAUAUAAGACCUCCACAUCGUGGCUAAUGGGGGACUCGGCCAAUAUCCUAGAGACCUUCUCGCUUGGUCUGCUGUCUGCCCUAUUGAUGGAUGGGUAUGGGUCGCCCUUGUACCGGAACCUUAUCGAGGCUGGCCUUGGCACUGACUGGAGUCCAAACAGUGGGUUUGACACUUCAGGAAGGGUAGGAAUCUUCUCCGUCGGCCUCACUGGUGUCAAGGAGAGCGACGUUCCUAAAGUCAAGGAAGCCAUCCACAAGACUUUCCAAGAGGCCUACGAAAAUGGGUUUGAAAAGUCAAAGAUUGAUGGGUAUCUCCAUCAACUGGAGCUGAGCCUGAAACAUAAAACUGCUAAGUUUGGUAUGCGUCUUAUGCAACGCAUCAAGCCCAAGUGGUUCGAAGGUGUGGAUCCCUUUGAAUCUCUGGCUUGGAACGACACAGUGGCAGCCUUCGAGAAAGAGUUUGCGAAGGGUGGUUAUCUUGAAGGCUUAUUAAAGAAAUAUCUUCUGAAUGACAAUACCCUGACCUUCACGAUGACUCCAUCAGCAACAUACGGCGAUGAACUUGUCCAGGAAGAGGCUGCUCGUCUCGCCGUUAAGAUCGCUGAAGUUACAAAACAGGCGGGGAGCGAAACAGAGGCUCGCAAGCAGUUAGAGAAAAGGGAGUUGGAGCUCCUUGAAGAGCAAGGAAAAUCAAAUACCCAAGACCUCAGCUGUCUGCCAACAGUACAUGUCAAAGAUAUUCCCCGGCAACAAGAAACACAUGAGUUGAGAGAUUCAAAGAUUGAUAAUGUCAAUGUUCAAUGGCGAGAGGCACCAACCAAUGGUCUUACCUAUUUCAGGGCUGUGAACACGUUCGAGAACUUGCCAGACGAACUCAGAGCUCUCAUUCCACUUUUCACAGACUCUGUAAUGAGAUUAGGAACGAGAGACAUGUCAAUGGAGCAGCUUGAAGACCUGAUGAAGCUCAAGACUGGUGGCGUUACUGUUGGAUAUCAUGCCUCUCCUUCGCCCACUGACUUCAGAUCGGUUACCGAAGGUAUGAGUUUCUCCGGAACAGCUUUGGACCGUAACGUACCUGAAAUGUUCCAACUGCUGCGAAAGCUCGUGCUUGAAACAGACUUCGACAGCCCCGAGGCCGAGCUUCGUAUUAGACAACUUCUUCAGGGCGCGGCAGAUGGUGCGGUCAACAACAUUGCCUCUUCUGGUCACGUAUAUGCCAGGGGCUAUGCCGAGGCUGGGCUGACAAAAUAUGGCCGAUUGAAGGAAGAAAUCGGCGGCCUAUCGCAGGUCAAGCUCGUCACAUCGCUUGCCUCACGACCAGAGUCAGAGGGACUCGCUGAUGUGAUUGAGAAGCUCAAAGCUAUUCAACAGUUGGCAUUUUCUGGCUCGAGCACGUUCCGAACUGCAGUGACCUGUGGCGGUGAGAGCGUCUCCAACAACGAAGCAGCUCUUCAGAAGUUCCUGUCUUCACUCCCUAGAAACGAGUCCUCUUCGGUCCGGAUCCCUACCCCAGAUUUGUCGAGGAAUGCGAAGAGCUUCUUCCCACUUCCGUAUCAAGUAUACUACGGUGCUCUCGCCGUCCCAACUGUAUCAUACACAUCACCAGCUGGUGCGCCUCUUCAGAUACUCGCUCAGCUCCUAACUCACAAGCAUUUGCACCACGAGAUUCGGGAAAAGGGAGGGGCUUAUGGCGGAGGUGCGUAUUCGCGUGGCAUGGAUGGCAUCUUCGGAUUCUAUUCCUACAGAGACCCGAACCCUCAAAAUACCAUGACCAUCAUACGCAAUGCUGGCCAAUGGGCUGUUGAGAAGGAGUGGACCGAUCGAGACCUUGAAGAAGCCAAACUAUCUGUUUUCCAAAGCGUCGAUGCACCUCAGGCCGUCAGCGAUGAAGGAAUGACACGCUUCUUAUCAGGCGUAUCAGAUGAGAUGAUGCAAGAGCGUCGCGAGCGAAUGUUGGACGUGACUAAAGAUCAAGUGCGGGAGGUCGCGCAGAAAUAUGUUGUCGAGGCAUUGGAGAAGGAUGAAGGACGGCUGGUGUUCCUCGGAGAGAAGAAACCCUGGGUCGACGGCACCUGGGAGACCAAGGACAUGGGGAUCUCAUCUCAGGAGCCCGAAGCUGUAGGUGAGGCGGAUGCGAAGGCCGCUGCUGUAGGCCCGUAAUGGUCAGCAACAUGUACGUGUAUUUUGUAUAUUACUUUGUUCCACUCCUAUGUUCUAUGGCGGCCUUGUAAUAUAGAUCGCUCAAGCGAGCAUAUAUGAUAAUUCAUUGCCUAUUGUUGAAAUGAUCAGAAGGCCAGAUUGUAUCGAAACAAGCGGAGGCGGGUCGGUUAAACGCGUUUAUGUUCUGC